UGCCCCCGCACGGUUCAUACCUCUCUCCCUCUGCUACACACACACACGCGCACACACACACACACACACACACACACAGACACCGACAGCGCUCUGGGUCUGACUCACAACAUGCGUGCCGGUCCGGACCCGUUCCUCCAGCCCGGCUUGGAUUCUACCGCAGCAUCAGGCUGAUCAGCAGCGGACGGACCGGAUAUUCGGACCCGCUUUUGGAGCGUCACCUCCCCGCCUGAGUAGAGCGGAGCUCCGCGGUGCAAGGAUUGAGAGGGGCGGCCGUGCCAUGAGAUCAGAUCCCUGAGUGUGAUCCCAGCAGCCUUCGUGUUUGUGUCCCGACUGAAGUGGAGUCCACCAUGAGGAGCAACUCCCACCUCCUGCCUCUCUGUCUGCUCACAGCCGUGCUGCUGUCUCAGGUCUGCUCCGGCAUCAAGUGGCUAGCGCUGUCGCACACUCCUGCCUCGCUGCACGUCAACCAGAGCCAUCACUGUAAGCUGCUGCUGGGCCUCGUGCCCUCCCAGGCUCAGCUGUGCCGCACCAACCUAGACCUCAUGCAGACCAUCAUCCAAGCGGCCCAGGAAGUCAAGAAAACAUGCCAGAAGACGUUUGCCGACAUGCGCUGGAACUGCUCCUCCAUCGAUAUUCCCACCAAUGCUUCGAAGUACCGGCCGGACCUGGACAGAGGAACUCGGGAGGCGGCGUUUGUGUACGCCCUGUCAGCAGCAACCAUCAGUCACACCAUUGCCCGGUCCUGCAGUUCUGGAGAUCUGAGGCUAUGCUCGUGCGGUCCCAUCCCCUCAACGGCCCUGGAGCCGGGCCAUCGCUGGGGGGGCUGCUCCGACAACGUCCACUAUGGCCUGUACAUGGGAUCCAAGUUUUCUGAUGCUCCUAUGAAGGGGAAGCGCCCGGGCUCCCACGCCAACAAACUCAUGCAUCUACACAACAACGAAGUUGGGAGACAGUCUCUGAGAGCAGCGCUGGUAAUGAAGUGUAAAUGCCAUGGAGUUUCUGGUUCCUGCUCCAUUCGGACCUGCUGGAGAGGCCUGCAGGACCUCAGAGAGGUGGCCAUGGAUCUCAAGACCAAGUACCUGUCUGCCACCAAGGUGGUUCACCGGCCCAUGGGCACACGCAAGCAGCUGGUCCCCAAAGACCUGGACGUCCGGCCGGUGAGGGACAACGAGCUGGUCUACCUGCACAGCUCCCCGGAUUUCUGCAGCAAGAACGAAAAGAUGGGUUCAGUUGGAACGCAGGACAGGCAGUGUAAUAAAACGUCUGUGGGGAGCGACAGCUGCGACCUGAUGUGCUGCGGCCGCGGAUACAACCCGUACUCGGAGAAGCUGGUGGAGCGUUGCCACUGCAAGUACCACUGGUGCUGCUACGUGUCCUGCAAGAAGUGUGAGCGAACCGUGGAGCGAUAUGUCUGCAAAUGAGUCCGCCUGCAGGCCACACCAGGAGCAAAGCACUACAUUACCCAGAAGCCCCUCUUCUGCCUACGCUUAGCACGCAUAUCUGCAGAGGUGGGUUUGGAGCCGAUCUCCUCCAAACCAGAGCUUUAUGUUGUAUCUGCUGGACGUGGGAAACGAGGCGAGCCAUCCCCUGGGCUCUCUUCCUACUUCCUGUUAUAAAUGACACCCCACGCCUGUGACGGGGACCCUGAAGGUCAUCAUAUCUCUAUUUUAUUGUUUUUUUCUCUCCUCCGACUGGAGCGCCCAGAACCAGAGCUUCAUCCUGGAUAUCUGACCAGGAAAGAGAUGACCAUCCUAAUGACAAACCUGCACAGGUGGGACAGAAGUCUGAACCAACCAGCAGACACUCUGAGGCUUCAUGUAUCUCAUCAUAUCUCUAUUAAGCAGAAAUAAUAUUGGAUCUUAUUCUAGGGGAUUUUUCUGACGUAUUCUGGAGUUCAAAGGGUCAUCAUGGAUGAAUUUCUUAGGUGCCGGAGGAACGUUUUUCCUCCUCAGCCGUGGACAACAGAGGAACACAAAGGGAACCUUUCCAGUGGUGGGACUCAGUAGUGGCUCUCAGUGGAUCCAGAUGUUCCUGCAUCCCCGUGGAAGCUGAGAGGACGUGCAAGAACUCCUUUUGUCUGACGUGCAGGCAGUUCAACGUGAUGAUGCCACUGCUGUGUGGAUGUCUAUGCUAUUAUUUUGUAUACUGAAAUAAAUAAGUAUUUAUAAAAUGA